AUGAGGGUGGGCUUUCAGAACUAGUCCCCCCUCGCACCCCGCCCCGGCCCGCCCCUCCCCUCCCCUCCCCUCCCGCGCUGGGGUCCAAACGGUGCCCUGCCUCAGAGCUCGGCUCCGCCCCGCCCGGAAGGGGGAGCCCGGCCGUCGGCUGGCUCCGGGAGGGCUGGCUGGCUGAGCCGAGGCUUCCUUGCCUGAGUACGGGACGAGAGUGCGGGACUAGAGCGCGGAGCGCGGGGGCGGCGCGGCAGCCGCGGACUGAGGAGGGGUGCGAGUGAAACCGCGCGGCGCGGCGCGGCGGACGAAUUAGGGCUGGGGCGAGGGAGGCUGUGGCUCCCGACUGAGACAGGGGAGUAGUGUCGGGCUGAGGCGAGGUGAGGCGCGGCGUGCCUCGGGACGGUUCCUCGUGCCCCAAGGGGGGUGGCCGCGGAGGGCAGCGGGGAGGCGGGCGGUGGCGCCCCGCAGGGGAAAAGUGCAGCUCGCGGAGUGCCGACCCUGGUGCUGGCGGAGAGACGGGGCGCCCCCCUCCCCACAGGAGGAGCCUCGCGCUCCUCCGCCAUCCUUCCCCCGCGUGGCGGGCUUGCCUUCUCAGUGGGUGCUGCGGCAGCUGCCGGCCCGCGGCGCCCGGGCCAGAUUAGGGCGAACUCCGGGGCCGCCGCCCCCGGGGCGGGCCGCGAGUGAGGCGGGGCGGCGGCGAGGCUGCGGGCGGCUGUGGGGAGGCGGAGCGCGGAGAGCCGAGUGGGGCAGGCGGCGAGCGGGUGGCCCGGUAGCCCGCCUCGCUGCUCCGCUUGGCGCCGCCGGCCCACGCCGCAGUGUGUUUUGUGGACGGCGCCUUCCCAGACAGCCCGGUAGAGCCCAGCUCAGCGCCCGGCCGCCUUCGACGCGAUGUUCCGCCGGAGCCUGAAUCGUUUUUGUGCUGGAGAAGAGAAACGAGUUGGUACACGCACAGUGUUUGUUGGCAAUCAUCCAGUUUCGGAAACAGAAGCUUACAUUGCACAAAGAUUUUGUGAUAAUAGAAUAGUUUCAUCUAAGUAUACACUUUGGAAUUUUCUCCCAAAGAAUCUGUUUGAACAAUUUAGAAGAAUUGCAAAUUUUUAUUUUCUCAUAAUUUUCCUUGUACAGGUCACAGUAGACACACCAACUAGCCCAGUUACCAGUGGACUUCCACUUUUCUUUGUUAUAACUGUUACAGCCAUUAAGCAGGGAUAUGAGGAUUGGCUGAGACACAGAGCUGACAAUGAAGUCAACAAAAGCACUGUUUACAUUAUUGAAAAUGCAAAGCGAGUGAGAAAAGAAAGUGAAAAAAUCAAGGUUGGUGAUGUAGUAGAAGUACAGGCAGAUGAAACCUUUCCCUGUGAUCUUAUUCUUCUUUCAUCUUGCACCACUGAUGGAACCUGUUAUGUUACUACAGCCAGUCUUGAUGGGGAAUCCAAUUGCAAGACACAUUAUGCAGUACGUGAUACCAUUGCACUGUGUACAGCAGAAUCCAUUGAUACCCUCCGAGCAGCAAUUGAAUGUGAACAGCCUCAACCUGACCUCUACAAAUUUGUUGGGCGAAUCAAUAUCUAUAGUAAUAGUCUUGAGGCUGUUGCCAGGUCUUUGGGACCUGAAAAUCUCUUGCUGAAAGGAGCUACACUAAAAAAUACCGAGAAGAUAUAUGGAGUUGCUGUUUACACUGGAAUGGAAACCAAAAUGGCUUUGAACUACCAAGGGAAAUCUCAGAAGCGUUCUGCUGUUGAAAAAUCUAUUAAUGCCUUCCUGAUUGUGUAUUUAUUCAUCUUACUGACCAAAGCUGCAGUAUGUACUACUCUAAAGUAUGUCUGGCAAAGUACCCCAUACAAUGAUGAACCUUGGUAUAACCAAAAGACUCAGAAAGAGCGAGAGACAUUGAAGGUUUUAAAAAUGUUCACCGACUUCCUAUCAUUUAUGGUUCUAUUCAACUUCAUCAUUCCUGUUUCCAUGUACGUCACAGUAGAAAUGCAGAAAUUCUUGGGCUCCUUCUUCAUCUCAUGGGAUAAGGACUUUUAUGAUGAAGAAAUUAAUGAAGGAGCCCUGGUUAACACAUCAGACCUUAAUGAAGAACUUGGUCAGGUGGAUUAUGUAUUUACAGAUAAGACUGGAACACUUACUGAAAACAGCAUGGAGUUCAUUGAAUGUUGCAUAGAUGGACACAAAUAUAAAGGUGUAACUCAAGAGGUUGAUGGAUUAUCUCAAACUGAUGGACCUUUAACGUAUUUUGACAAAGCAGAUAAGAAUCGAGAAGAGCUGUUUCUACGUGCCUUGUGUUUAUGUCAUACUGUAGAAAUCAAAACAAAUGAUGCUGUUGAUGGAGCAACAGAAUCAGCUGAAUUAACCUAUAUCGCCUCUUCACCAGAUGAAAUAGCUUUGGUGAAAGGAGCUAAAAAGUACGGGUUCACAUUUUUAGGAAAUCGAAAUGGACAUAUGAGAGUAGAGAACCAAAGAAAAGAAAUAGAAGAAUAUGAACUUCUUCACACUUUAAACUUUGAUGCUGUCCGCCGACGUAUGAGUGUAAUUGUGAAGACUCAAGAAGGAGACAUACUUCUCUUUUGUAAAGGAGCAGACUCGGCAGUUUUUCCCAGGGUGCAGAAUCAUGAAAUUGAGUUAACUAAAGUCCACGUGGAACGUAAUGCAAUGGAUGGGUAUCGGACACUCUGUGUAGCCUUCAAAGAAAUUGCUCCAGAUGAUUAUGAAAGAAUUAACAGACAGCUCAUAGAAGCAAAAAUGGCCUUACAAGACAGAGAAGAAAAAAUGGAAAAAGUUUUCGAUGAUAUUGAGACAAAUAUGAAUUUAAUUGGAGCCACUGCAGUUGAAGACAAGCUACAAGAUCAAGCUGCAGAGACCAUUGAAGCUCUGCAUGCAGCAGGCCUGAAAGUCUGGGUGCUCACUGGGGACAAGAUGGAGACAGCUAAAUCCACGUGCUAUGCCUGCCGCCUUUUCCAAACCAACACCGAGCUCUUAGAACUAACCACAAAAACCAUUGAAGAAAGUGAAAGAAAAGAAGAUCGAUUACAUGAAUUAUUGAUAGAAUAUCGUAAGAAACUGCUGCAUGAAUUUCCUAAAAGUACUAGAAGCCUUAAAAAAGCAUGGACAGAACAUCAGGAAUAUGGAUUAAUCAUAGAUGGCUCCACAUUGUCACUCAUACUAAAUUCCAGUCAAGACUCUAGUUCAAACAAUUACAAAAGCAUUUUCCUACAAAUAUGUAUGAAGUGUACUGCAGUGCUCUGCUGUCGGAUGGCACCAUUACAGAAAGCCCAGAUUGUCAGAAUGGUGAAGAAUUUAAAAGGCAGCCCAAUAACUCUGUCGAUAGGUGAUGGUGCCAAUGAUGUUAGUAUGAUCUUGGAAUCCCAUGUGGGAAUAGGAAUUAAAGGCAAAGAAGGUCGCCAAGCAGCUAGGAAUAGCGAUUAUUCUGUUCCGAAGUUUAAACACUUAAAGAAACUGCUGUUGGCUCAUGGACAUCUAUAUUAUGUGAGAAUAGCACACCUUGUACAGUACUUCUUCUAUAAGAACCUUUGUUUCAUUUUGCCACAGUUUUUGUACCAGUUCUUCUGUGGAUUCUCACAACAGCCACUGUAUGAUGCUGCUUACCUUACAAUGUAUAAUAUCUGCUUCACAUCCCUGCCUAUCCUAGCCUAUAGUCUACUGGAACAGCACAUCAACGUUGACACCCUGACCUCAGAUCCCCGAUUGUAUAUGAAAAUUUCCGGCAAUGCCAUGCUACAGUUGAGCCCCUUCUUAUAUUGGACAUUUCUGGCUGCCUUUGAAGGGACAGUGUUCUUCUUUGGGACUUACUUUCUUUUUCAGACUGCAUCCCUAGAAGAAAAUGGAAAGGUAUACGGAAACUGGACUUUCGGAACCAUUGUUUUUACAGUCUUGGUAUUCACUGUAACUCUGAAGCUUGCCUUGGAUACCCGAUUCUGGACAUGGAUAAAUCACUUUGUGAUUUGGGGUUCUUUAGCCUUCUAUGUAUUUUUCUCAUUCUUCUGGGGAGGAAUUAUUUGGCCUUUUCUCAAGCAACAGAGAAUGUAUUUUGUAUUUGCUCAAAUGCUGUCUUCUGUAUCCACAUGGUUGGCUAUAAUUCUUCUAAUAUUUAUUAGCCUUUUCCCUGAGAUUCUUCUGAUAGUAUUAAAGAAUGUAAAACGAAGAAGUGCCCGGCACCAGCACAACUCUCAGAGGUGUUCACCAAAAGGAUGGUAAGGCUUACUAAUCAAACCAUAUUGAUUCAUCUUACCAUAUUACUUACCAGUGCCAUUCCAGAAACCUGUUUGCCACAUACUACUGUUGUCUAUUACUUCUACCACAAAAACAAUUCGAGUUGGAGACUUUCAUAGGCUUUUGAGUGUAUUUAUUUGAAUAUUAUACAUUUACUAUAUAGUGUAAUCAUUUGUACUUUUGGCCAGAAUAGUAGGCUAUAGGAAAUGAAUGUUUCUUUUUUCUUUUACCUUUUUUCUUUUAAUUGCCAGGUAGGUUAAUCAAUUUUCAAAUGAGUUAAGUAUCUUUGCCUCACUAUUACAGAGUAAUCUGAGCUGUAGAAGGGCAUCUGACUCAUUAUCCGCCAGACCUUCAGUCAGACCUCUUCUUUUACGAACAUUCUCAGAUGAAUCUAAUGUAUUGUAACAGGUACCUAGUGUUAAACAAAUGGGCUGGCUUUAAUAAAACAGAUUAACAGCAUUAUAAAAAAAGAAAUGAAAAUAUCACUCUCUAAAUUUCUCUGCUGUUGGUGUGGUGAACUUUACAGUAUUCUUUGCAAAAAUAUAAAGAUGCAUUACUUGGAAUAUGGGGAAAUACGCAUUUUUAAUUUGCUAAGCCCGUCGAAAUAAAAUGUUAAAUAUUUUUUAGAGCCAAAUGUUGAUAUAACUUAUUUAAUUUGUAAGGGGAAAGUAGUCAUGGCAGGACCAUCUUGUGAAAAUGUUUGUUAAUAUUGAUCAGGAAAUAUAACUUUGAUUUAUAAAGAUCAUUUGGAAAAUUAAAAAUAAAUAUUCCAAAAUUGCAUCUGUAUAACAUCAAGUCAAUUUAGCAUUGCAUGUUCUCUUGGGAAUUAUGUGAAAAUAACUAAAUGUGUUUGUACCUUCAUGUGCUGUGUCUGUGUGUUUGCAGGUACUGUAUAUACUUACGUCCUUGUAAAUGUCUGGUCCCCUAAUAGAUAGCAAUGAACCAGUCUAAUCAUAACUUUUCUAAUGUCAAGUUUUAUUCAAGCUAAAUGUUUCAACUUUCAGAGGUAAAAUCUUUUGUAGCCAUUCAGGGGGAUACUUGCCUAAUAAUAUAAAAUGCUUUAUAAUUAAUAUUUCAAAAAAUGAUUAAAUUCACUUUAUAAUAUAUUGUUUCACUUACCCCCAAAAAGUAUUUGGGAGGAAUUGAUUUACUGUGGCAGGGACCCUUGAACUCAGAAUGACUCCUUAUGUGUAGUCUGUAUUUCCUUCAGUGGGGACCUUUAACAACCCAUACCUCUGGAGGUCUUUUAUCCAUCCAUAGAAAUUUAGAGUAAUUCAUGAAUGAGGCUUCCAAGCUUGUCAGCUUGGAAACAAUUCUACACAGCUUAGAGCGGGGCCAUCUUUCAUGCACGCAUAAAAAUUAAUGAUCAUCAUGAAUAAAACUGGGUUAGUUCACUUUGAAGCUAAUAAUUGUGAGUCCACCUCAUAGGCCCAUAUUUUUUCAUUAGCUGUCAACUCCACCACCUUCUGGCAAAUAAUAUGUUAAACUAAUGAAUUGAAUCCAUUGGUUCUCCUGUCUCCUGGAGUUCAUCACAGUCUGCAUCUGCACUGUUAUUUUAGAGGUAGGCUCAUUUUGCCACAGUUAGCAUCUUUUUACCCAUUUUUGAACAACUUACCUGCAUAUGUUUUCCCAUAGUAGUGAAUCUGCUUCACAAGUAGCCUUCAAAGUCUUUGACCCCUUUGUCCCAGAUUGCUUUGCUCUAAGCUGUGUGAUGCAUUUUAGCUAUAUUGUUUCUGGUUAAUUUUGUAUCCUCCUGGAUUGCUCUCUUUAGCUUGGUCUGUGGUUUGGGGGACUGGGCUGGAUAGAAGACACUGCUAUUGCUUUUGGCCUCUCCAGGGCCUUAUCUCCUACAAUGUCUACCAUAGAACUGAGGAAGUAUUUUUUAAAAACAAUUGUCUUAUUUUUAAUGUAGUUAUUUCUUCCAGAAAUAGAUUUUCAUGUGGCAUUAUUUCUCCUCCAGGGACAAUAAUUAGCAGUUAGUUUAGGCAUCUAGUAUGUUCCGUGGUUGGUAAGAAAACUACCUAACUCCCCAAUGUGAGUUACAUUCUCAAUAUGAAUGGGCAACCUUAUUUUGGUUAGAGUCACCAUGACCCCCUGCAGAGCUACCUGAAAACCUACUAGUGGUUCUAGAGAAUGUGGAACAUAAAUAGAAAUAGAAGGUAUUCUAAUGAACUUCUAGUCCAACCAUGGCAAAGGAGAUGUCCCAGAAUGGGAAGAAAAUAGCAUACUACUUAAGACCUUCCCACUACUCAGGUUCAAAAAGACUGAGUUUUAGGGUGGAGAAUCAGUUAGGCUCCCUGUUUUGACAUACGACUUCCAUUUCUUAUCAUACUUGACUUACACUUGUUGAUCAGUUUGUCUGUCGUGCACCAUCCUAAUAAUAGCAUUUGAUGAUGUUUAGAGUACAGAGAAGAAUCUACAGACUUGUUAGGGAAAUACCCAUGGUUUCUCUUCCAAAAAGAUGAAGCAUAAGAAAAAUCGGAAGAAUCAGUUGACUCAUACAUACGUGAUCUACCAAAAGGAAAAUUAACUUCCAUAUUUUAGGAGGGCAACGUGCUUCUUUAAGUAAAAAAGAAGAAUAUUUUCACAAUAAUCUUCCAAAGCUGAAUAUAUCUUUAGACUUCCUCUAUCACAAUUAACACAUCAAGAAAAAACAGUAAUCGUUCAUUAAACAUUUCCUGAGCAUCUGCUGUGUGGUGGAAACUGUAUACUAGGUGCUGGAGAUAGAAGAUAAAUAAAACGUUCCUGUUUACAAGGACCUCCCAGCCUAGAGGAGAAGGGAUCAUAACAAGGUAAACUGCUGCUAUGGUAGAUAAUCCUAGAGGUAGAAAGUAUUAGGAGAACCCUGGAACGACCCAAAAGCAAAAAGCAAGCCUGAAUCUAUUCAGCUGAUGAAGAAAGGAUUAAAAUCUGGUUAUAGUGUCACUCUUUUUUUCCUCUGCAUGUGAAUAAAACUUGGCACUUUGUUAAGACAGUUGCUUUACUCUCCUAACAAAAUUUACUACUUGAUUUACUUCUGAAAAUGCUAAACAGACAGCUUCACAUUGUUAUUAAAAUAAACCUUUUAAAUCUCUAUAUUUUACAUUUUUCAGAAUCUGAAUCUUGAAUUGCCUAUGUUAUUGUCCUACAAGCAUACUGACAGUGGUUACAGCUAAAACAGAAAGUAUGAAGAAACAACUACAAAAAGUUACCAUCUCAGGAUACUCCAUAUGCAACACACUAAACCACUCUCAUGUCUAGAGUUCACAAUAAAUGUUCAUUAAAAUACCAAAUGAUUCUCUUAAGCAUUUAUAAUUAUUGUAAGUAGCCUUUAUGGCCAAAGCUGUAAGUUAAGAAUUAUAUGAAAGUUGAAAGCAAGAAUACUUAGAAUUCUGGCUUUAGGCAGAAUAAUAUAACUAUCAAAUGGGUGCUCUUUUAACCCAUGAAUUUUGUGAAUGGAUUUAAAUACAAUAGUAUAAAGUAGAAGUUAUGCAAUGAGAAUGAAUAGAUUUUGCUAAUACUGCUUUUUUUGCCUGACAGAAGAAAUAGACUAUUUGGACCACAUUUCUUGUUCCUCCUGAAUGAUCAUCUUAUUUUUUUUCAAAAGUACAUAAGGAAUACUUGAAAAUACAGAAGGACUAAAUAGUAUCAAUGCAUCAGACAGAAUAGUUAAUCCCUUCUGUUUACCCACAUGCUACUUAUGUCUUGGUAGAAUAUUCUUGCCAAAAAAUACCUUGAACACUUAUGUGGAAAGUGUUAAUUUAUACAUAUUUUUGUGGGAAUAGUAAAAAAGUUUCUUUUUUGUUGUUCUUCUGAAUUAUACCCCACUUAUGGGUGUAAGGCUAGUAGACUUGAAAAUAAAGUAUAAAACAUUUCCAGUCACUUAGUAGCUCCUCAAAGUAGGAAAUAAACAGAUUUUUCCAGUGUCGAUUUUACUGGGAUCUGCAGUAAGGUGGUUUAAACCAUAGUUAUAUAAAAAUAAAGGUAAUUCUGAACAUCAGCCUUUUAUAAUUUGAUGUGAAAAGGAAGAAGAAUCGCUUAUUUUAAACUGUUGACGGUUUUUAUUUGAAAGAGACAGCAUUUAUGCAUAUAUGCAGUGCUUUUUCUUAAACUUUGCCAAUUUGGAAAGGGGAAAGGAUCCAUCCCAAAAGGUGGUUCAGCUUAUAGAGCCAUGACUGUGAAAAAUGAAUGUUGUCUUUUAGUUAACUUGAACAGGGCAAUGGUCUAACUCUAAACCAUGAGAUUGACCUUGGUAAAGUCCUUGACUAGCUGAACUAGAAGGAAGGUGUAGCCUUCUAAUUAGUUCACUUGAAACAUAAAUGUGAAAUGUCUUCAUUUAAUGUUAAAGUUAAACACACAGUUUUUUAAGAUAUAAAUGACCAUAUUUAUUUGACUACUAGUUUUUUUGGGAUCUUUCUGGCAUGCUUGUACUAUUAAUGUUUAUAUUGUACCUUGAUUUGGAAAAGUAUUGGAGUUAAGAUGUAUUAUAUUUAAUAUAGUCCAUGUGGCACAUUUGAUUCUUCCACAUAUAUUUUGUGUUAAUGUUUAGAUAUGAUUUCUUUCUAAAUUCCAGAAAAGAACAAAAUUUCAGUUAACAGAAACCAUUUCAUCAUUAUGGACCCUUUUUCAUUAUUUCAUUUGUUCUCAUUUAUCAGUAUUAUUUUUGAGCAUUUUGUUACAUGUCAUUCACAACUUACCUAAGUGCGCUGUGUUCUGGUAGCUUGUAUUUGAGGUAAGCUGCUGAAAACAAAGUCUCUAUAUUCUUUGCCUAUUCCAAAGAGUUAAAAAGUCUACCCAGGAAAGCUUUUGAUAUUUUGUGUUUGUGCUCUUGUCUUAUGGUUGUUGUUACUGUAUUAUUAUUGUUGUUCUUUUACAUAAAAUCUAUGGGAACUGUGAAUACAGACGAGAGCCACAGUAGAGAGGCUUGUUUAAUGCAGUACCAUUAGAGGGUUCACAGGAUAAUCUAGUAGAAAAAUAACUAGUUACAUGUAAAAUUCCUUCCAGCCAGAGAGAAAGACUAAAAGUAAGGGGGAUUUAGAGUUAUAUGUCAGCUAUGCAUUACAUUGUAACACUGCAGUUCAAAUUCAGAAUGGCAAUGAUAUAUGAUAUCAUGGCCUAGAUCCUUGAGAGGGACCUGGCUUUCCUUUUUAAAAGAUAUUUUAUUGAAGAGCAAAAAAACGGCUAGUGUGGGGUUAGCAGAUUGAAUAACUGAAACAAACUGUGCAGUAUUCCUAGCACUACAAUGUAAUCACCCUAUUUGUAAUAGAGAAAGGAGAAAAAAUGUAAUAAUAGGAUCAUAUACCUAUAAUUUGAAUAAUUUUGAGCUAUCAAAAUGUCUUUGUAAUUUUCACAACUGUUGUUCAUUGUUUGACAGUGUUACCUACUAAACUGAAAACAUUCAUUCCAUAUCUACUACAUAUACACCAGCAACAGUAAAAAUGUAAGCCUAACUUUGCAAAAUUCAUAAUAAUUUAGUGAUGGAAUUUUUUAAUAACAUGCAGUACAUAAAUGUGCAGAUUUUAUGCGUGUUGACAAAAUCAUUUUUCAGCUUGCAAAAUGGGACUGCAAUAUUACAUUUUUCACUUAAGCAAUUUUUUACAUCUGUGUUGUUGCUUUCUAAAAUGAAUGUGAAUGCCAUCUUUUAUGACUGCAACUUGCCUUUUCCAUUACAGAAAUUUUUGUUUGAUGUAAUCAAUAAACUUUGGUAUGAUAUGAUUGA